AUGAGUUUUGAGAACUUGACUUCGUUUGAUUUGGAGAAGGUGAAAAGUCUUGGUCAACAUCUUGUUGCUACGAAAUAUGAGCAGCUUACCGGCAUCGACUUCAAACAUGUGGUCGCUACUAGUCUUGAGAACUUUCUUACCUUGAAAGGGAGGGAGAAGAUGAAAGUGCUUGGAUCUUUGUUGCUGGGUUCUUGGCUUGUAUACAUUAUGCUAGGAAUCAUCUACCGUGUUUACUUCCACCCGUUGGCAAAGUACCCAGGUCCUUUCCUGGCAAAGAUCACCAACUUCUACGGCGCAUAUUACAAUGGCAGAGGUGAACUCCACAUCCAGACUGAGAAGGGCUUCAAGAAAUACGGACCCGUGAUUCGGCAAGGUCCGAACAAAUUGAUGUUCCAAAGUGAAACUGCGUUGAUGACGAUUUACCAAUCAAAACACGACAUCCAAAAGUCGCAGGGUUAUACAAGCAUGGUGCCCGCACCUGGUGCAUGGAACACAUUCACAGCUGUGGACCGAGAGUACGCUCGCUUCAGACGGCGCAUCCUAGGCCACGGAUUCGCAGACCAUCGCAUCCGCGAGUUUGAGCCCAUCAUCAUCCACCACGCCAAGAUGUUCGUCAAGCGUCUCAUUUCAAGCCCUGAUCCCGAGAGCGCGGGAAAAUGGUCAAAAGUAUGGAAUAUGACGGAGAACUGCCGCCACAUGGCCUACGACAUCAUGGGCGAGUUUGGCUUCGGACAGACGUUUGGGCUGCAGACGAGCGAGGAGAACCACUUCAUCAUCGAUGCGAUUCAUGUUGCUGUUGCACGAGCGGGCGUGUACGUCCAGUACCCUCAGCUGCAAAAGUGGAAUCUGGAUAAGAUCUUCUAUAUCAACGCGUGGAAGAUGCGCAGCAAGUUCUUCGAGCUGAUGGGCCGAAUGGUUCACGAGCGUGUUGCUGAGGGGAAACAUGCAAAGAAGGAUCUCUUCUCUUUCGUCAUCGACGUCAAGGAUCCCGAAACAGGUCGAAGUCUGACAGAGACGGAACUGGCGGCUGAGAGCAGAUUCCUGCUUAUUGCUGGUGCAGAUACGACGUCGACGGGUAUGACGGGAAUCUUCUUCUACCUCGCAUCCAAUCCGGGAGUGUUCAAGAAACUGGCUCAUGAGAUCCGCACCACUUUCGACGACCCAAAUGAGAUUCGCGGCGGCACCAAACUGAGGUCUUGCAAGUAUUUGUAUGCGGUCAUGGACGAAUCGAUGAGGAUGUCACCGCCAGUCAGCUCUGCCCUCUGGAGAGAAGUGACGUCUGACGAUUUCAAGGUCGAUGGAAACCACGUGCCCAAGGGCAUGGACGUAGGCUGCUCGCUAUACGCGUUCCACCACAACGAGAAGCUCUUUCCAGACUCGUAUACAUUCAAUCCAGAGCGCUGGAUCGUGUCCGAGUCGAAUCCAGCCGAGAAGGUGGCAGCGCUGAGAAAGUACUUCAACCCGUUCUCACUCGGAACGCGAGUGUGUUCGGGCAUGAACUUUACGCUCACAGAGCUGGCUGACUCCAUCGCUGCGGCAGUGUGGUAUCUCGACAUGGAGGCGCCGGAUCGCACUGCGGAAGGCCUGGGCGGAGGUUACGUUGGUGCAAAGUAUGGGAGGCACCGACCCCAGGAGUUUCAGCUGUAUGAUCACAUCACCUGCGGGCACGAUGGGCCGUACCUGAAGUUCCGUGUUCGAGAAGGCGCCGAGAAGUGGGCGGCUGAGCUCUUGGACAUGUCGGCGACGCGAGCGGCAGACGGGAUUCGCAAGGGGGAUGUGGGUGAGGCGUAG